GCCACAUCACACCAUUCACAUUUCAGCGGCUGACGGCGAGUCACGGUCGCGCGAUAAGACGGGACCCGCGCUCCAACAACGGGCAGUGGAUAGCACUUACGCGCCAGCACUUCAUCAGGCCGUGAUCACGAUGGCAGAGGUCGUGGAGUGUAACAGAACCGCGGCACUAUCCGACGGUGAGGCCAACCACAACACGCCGGAACCACAUCCAAUGAUCAAAUUCAUCGAACUGCAGGACAAACAAAACAAGGCAACGGAAGUCGAGAUCCCGGUUCCAUAUGGCAAGGUGGCUGGCAAAUGGUACGGUCCGCAGAAUGUGCGACCAAUCGUUUGUCUGCACGGUUGGCUCGAUAACUGUGGAACCUUCGAUCGGUUGCUACCGCUGCUGCCGGAGGAAGUGAGCUUCUUGUCGAUAGAUCUGCCCGGUCAUGGAUACUCCUCGAGGAUACCGGAUGGUAUGGUGUACUAUCAGCUGGAUUGUAUCCCACUGCUACUAAACAUCAUGCAGGAAUACGGCUGGACAAAGAUCUCCCUGAUGGGUCACUCGAUGGGUGCGAUCAUUUGUUUCAUCUUCACCGCUCUGUUCCCGGACAAGGUGGAUCUGCUGAUCGGUAUUGAUGCCCUCAAGCCCCUCAACCUCCCCCGGGAUCGUUUUCCUGAGCGAUUAAGCAAACAGGUCAUGAAGCUCAUCGAAGCAGACACCCGGAACCGGGAAAAAUCGGAACCACCUUCGUACGCAUACGAAGAAAUGAUCGAUCGGUUGUACGCCGGAACGGCGGCCUCGGUAACACGCGAAACCUGUCCGUACCUUCUACAGCGGAACAUUAAACCAUCGCGCAAGUUCCCCGGGAAGUACUACUUCGAUCGGGACAAUCGGAUGAAGUACAACGUUAUUCCUGGCUGGGCGGACAGUAUUAACUGGGAGCUAGCAAAGCGCAUCACAGCACCCUUUCUCACGAUCCGGGCACUGGAUUCGAUUAACCGGGGUGCAAAGGAAGGCUUCGAGGAGACGGUGGCCGUACUGAAGGAAUCGAACCCACGCUAUGAGGUAGCUUAUGUGAAGGGUACCCAUCAUGUUCAGCUGACGGAACCGGAAAACUGCGUUCCGGUGUUGGUGGCCUUUUUGCGCAAAUAUUGGCGUAAAGAGCCGGAGGUUGUAAGUCGUCUAUGAGAGGCUAUCUGAAUGGAAUGAACAGGGAGGGUUGUACAUUGGAACCAGAAUGAUAAGAGGAAUUUAGGAACUAGAAUUUAUUGCUUUCAACUGCUGGACGGAACGGGUUUACUGGAAAUAAAGAGGAUCACGCACGUGUUCGUG